CUGGGAGAAAAAGCGAUCCUCUCCCCAGCACACCAUGGCGGAUGAAAUUGAUUUCACCACUGGAGAUGCUGGGGCUUCCAGCACUUACCCUAUGCAGUGCUCGGCCCUGCGCAAAAACGGCUUUGUGGUGCUCAAAGGACAGCCAUGCAAAAUAGUAGAGAUGUCAACUUCCAAGACGGGGAAGCAUGGCCAUGCCAAGGUUCACCUUGUUGGAAUUGAUAUUUUCACUGGCAAAAAAUACGAAGAUAUUUGCCCGUCUACCCACAACAUGGAUGUUCCAAAUAUUAAGAGAAAUGAUUAUCAACUGAUAUGCAUUCAGGACGGUUACCUUUCCCUGCUGACAGAGACGGGUGAAGUUCGUGAAGAUCUGAAACUGCCAGAAGGUGAACUAGGCAAAGAGAUAGAAGGAAAGUACAACGCAGGUGAAGACGUGCAGGUGUCUGUCAUGUGUGCCAUGAGUGAAGAGUACGCCGUAGCCAUAAAGCCCUGCAAAUAGAUGCAACCAUCAGCCGCGAGCAGACCGUUUAGGUCUGGGUCAGCUGCAGAUCUUAAGUGUGGUUCUAAGUUGUCACCAGAGCUAAUGGCCUUCAUCAGCAACCUCAUUUCUUUGUAAUUGUUUUAAAAUUGUGCUGGGUUAGUUUUGCAGGGAAUUGGCAAUUUAAAAAA